AUGCCACCCAACGAAGCAAUUAUAGAGCAAGCGAUCGCUCAAUUGAAUCGACAAUUGAUUCCUAAAUAUGCUGAGGUUGCAAAGGAAUUCGGAAUCAAUCGCGUUACCUUGAUGCGGCGGUUCAAAGGUCAACAGGUCUCCAGAACAGAGGCAACAUCAGUCUACUGUCAGAAUCUCACAAAUACUGAAGAACAACACCUCCUAUUUCAUAUUAAUCAGUUAUCCGAUCGCGGCUUCCCUGUGACACCUCAAAUACUGCGCAAUUUUGUAUUUGAGAUCACCAAAAUGCAAUUGCAGGAGAAGAUCAAGCAGUAUAAUAUUCUACCUCAGAACACCUACAAUUUUGAUGAAAAAGGCUUUCUUCUUGGCCUCCUUCAUACCCUCAAGCGAAUCGUUUCUAUAGAAGCUCUCAAACGGAAGCAUACAAUUGGAGCAGUGCAGGAUGGCAGUAGAGAAUUCAUUUCUCUGCUUGCUGGUAUUUGUGCAGAUGGAACUACAAUUCCACCUGCACUCAUUUACCAUGGGGAAUCAAGAGAUAUGCAAGAUACAUGGCUUGAAGAUUUUGAUCCUAAAAAGAAUCAGGCAUACUUCGCUGCUUCAGAAAAUGGAUGGAGUAAUGAUGAAUAUGGGUUAACCUGGCUGAAACAGGUGUUUGAUCCUCAUACAAAGCAAAAAGCAAGAAAUCAUUACCGCCUGCUUAUAUUAGAUGGCCAUUCAUCUCAUAUAAAUAUGGCAUUCAUUGAUUAUGCGGAUCAGAAUCGAAUUUUGCUUGCUAUUCUUCCUCCCCACUCUACACACCGUUUACAGCCGCUAGAUGUUGGAAUAUUUGGCCCACUUGCAAAGGCAUAUUCAGAUCAACUAGAUUCCUAUACAUGUUCUGGCUAUGGCUUUAUUCAGACUACAAAGCGAGAUUUUUGGCGAUUAUUUCGUGCUGCAUGGGAAAUCUCUACAACUGCGGAAAAUAUCAAAUCUGCCUUCAUGGCCACUGGCAUACAUCCUAUAGAUCCUGCCCGCGUUCUCAAAAAGAUUCAACCACGUCCACUUACACCCCCGGAACUGCUUCAGCAGCGUACACCUACAUCUAUACGAGCUUUGCGAGGCCUGAUAAAGCAGGCAAGUCAACGUCACCGCCGACUUUCAGUUGAUAUUAAAAAAAUUCUCCGCGCUGGGGAGAAUAUUGCUCUGGACAGAGAGGUUCUCUUAAUAGAGAAUAAGAAUCUUCAGACUGCUCUAAAUAAUGAGAGAAGGCGACGCAAACGGGAAGCUGCUCAACGCCGUGAGGAGGCCAAAGCUGCAGCUGCAGCUAAACGUUGUAUAGAGAAGCAACGGCGAGAUGAACAGAAGCUUCAACUGCAAAAAGAGAAGGAAGAACGUGCUGCUAAACAUCAUGAAGCACAGUUGGCAAAGAAGGCACUCGCGGAGGCCUCAAAGAGGCCUACAAGAAGAUCAACAGUGGGCUCAAAACACCGUAGAAGCUCUAUACAACCUUCUAAAAGCGAGCGCUUUUUGGAGUUCGUUGGGUGGAUGAGUUCGUUGGGUGAAGCCAUGGAGUAA